GUCAGAUCAUCUCGGUCUGCGGGGAAGUCACAGAGUUGUAGAAGAUGUCCGCUGCGAGUGCAAGCGGCUGCGGACCCGGACCAGGACCGAAUACAGGUCCUGGAUCCGGGGUGUCAAACCCACGAAAGUUUAGCGAGAAAAUAGCCCUGCACACUCAGCGUCAGGCCGAAGAGACUGCUGCGUUUCAGGAGGUCAUGAUGGACAUUACUUCAACUCGGAUUCAGGCUCAGAAGGUGCGCCUUGCCAGAACUCAGGGACCAUACUACGGGGGCUCCCUGCCAAACGUCAACCAGAUCGGAAGAAACGCGGCCGAUUUCCAGGGCCCGUUCCAUUCCAACCUGGACUCCAGCCGGUCCACUCGGCACCACGGCCUUGUGGAGAGGGUCCAGAGAGACAGACGCUUCAUCUCCCCGAGCCGGCCCUACAGGAGACAAGUGGAUAACUCUCACUGCAGCUCCGCCUACCUGUCUCCGCCACCCGACCCCAGCUGGCGAAGGAACUGGUCCAGCAAUUUCCCCAUGGACAAAAGCCAGUUGUUCCGCCUCCCCACCACUGCACUGAACAGGACCAACUCGGACUCUGCUCUCCACACCAGCGUCAUGAACCCUCCGACGGGGGACCCAUUCAGUUCUGGUCACACGCUCACCCCUCAGGGUAGACGAAGCGGGUUAGCUGAGGCAGAUGGACGCAGAAUGUUUCCGUACCCUGUUCCCCCUAUUGAGGAGAAUGUUCUUGAUGAAGGAAAAUUGCUGAAGCCUUGGGAUACUAAGAAGUUACCGAUGCCAUCUUCGAGACCCAAGUCCUGUGAAGUUCCUGGCAUCACCAUCUUCCCCUCCCCAGACCAGCAGUCCGGCACCCCUCUUGUCCCCUCUGCGUUGAACACGGGUGGUUCCCUGCCGGACCUGUCCAGCUUGCACUUCCCCCCGCCGCUGCCCACGCCACUGGACCCGGAUGAGCCUGGCUACCCUUCUCUCAGUGGGGGCAGCAGCACCGGCAAUCUGGCCAGCACCCUCACCCACCUCGGCAUCAACACCAGCAACGCCUUCAACUCCCCAGGUCUCCUGGCAUCUCUUCCGGGCACGCUGAGCAACCCUUCACUCCAGUCGUCGCUUAGCAACCCCAACAUCCAGUCGUCGCUCAGCAGCCAUUCCUUCCCCAACUCCCUCAGCUCCACCUCCUUGCACUCGUCGCUCAGCAACCCCUCGCUGCAGUCCUCGCUUAGCUCCUCCCCCUCCUUGCCAUCCUCGCUCAGCAGCCAAUCGCUGCGCUCGUCCCUCAGCAGCUCCUCGCUCAGCAGUCAGCAGCCGCAGACUCUCCAGCAGGUGGCCUACGGCUCGGGCGCCGGACAGGGCUCCGGCUCGUGCCCGGGCUCCUACGCGCCCCUCAUGGGUCAUGGGCAGGUCCAGGGUCAGACACCCCAGACCCAGCUUAGCUCCUCCCCCCGCCGGCGGGCACAACUCUCGCCCCUCAUCCUACCCAUGGGCCCGGAUGCCCGGAGGCACCACGCCAAGCAGUUCUCCCCCACCAUGUCACCCACCCUCUCCUCCAUCACGCAGGGUGUACCUCUGGACACCAGCAAACUUCCUAUGGACCAGCGGCUGCCACCGUACCCCUACAACCAGCCCCAGCAGCCCCAGACUGGCUCCCCUGCCUCCCACCACCCCCCACAGACAGGCCUGGGCUCCCCCCAGACUGGCCAGCCCCUGCCCCUGAAGCAAACCCCCAUGCACCAGUCUGCCCAGCAGCAGCAGCACCAGCAGCAGCAGCACCAGCAGCACCAGCAGCAGCAGCAGCAGCAGCAUCAUCAGCAGCAUCAGAGGACACAAGCCAUGCAGCUGCAGAUGCACAACCAGCAGAACCUGCGCAAGACGCAGAGCAUGCAGAUGCAGCAGCAUCAACAGCAGAUGCAGCAACAACAGCAGUUGCAGCAACACCAACAACAACAACAACAACACCAGCAGCAGCAGCAACAACAACAACAUCAACAACAACAACAGCAACAGCAGCACCAACAACAGCAGCAGCAGAUGCAGCAACAACAACAGCAGAUGCAGCAGCAACAGAUGCAGCAUCAGCAUCUACCCAGUACAGGGCCAGGCCCAGCCUCCAACUCCAUGCAAGGUCAGGACCAGGGUGGCAUGGACAUGUCAGGCCAGAAUGUGCUGUGCAAGCAGGAGCCGGACGCCCAGGCACCUUGCAACGAGCAGCAGCAGCAGAACAGCCAACAACACAUGGCGCAUCAGGACCAGGGUCUCCCACAGCUCCAGCAGAUCAGCCAGUCUUUCGCCAAUGAUCUUCUCUAUAAUGAUGCUUUGCUGUCCCUGCUGGAAGAACCGUACCUGAGCCUGCAGCUUGGUGGCAGGCAGAACCAGAACCUCACUCAGCAGUUUAACAUGGACACUCAGGUAGAGGGCCUGUCCUUCAACCAUAGCUUGGGCACUGGCUCCUCUUCCGGGAAAGUACAGGACGGCUCAUACCAGGCGGUUCUGGAUCUUCUGGACUCAGCAGACCACCAGCUCGGCAACCCCAACCAGAACCAGAACUAUGGUGGAGGGGGACGGCACAACGUCCCCAACAUUAUACUCACGGGAGAUUCUCCACCUGGUCUGUCAAAGGAGAUCACCAGUGCUUUGUCUGGCGUGCCGGGUUUUGAAGUGGACUCUUUCUCGUGCGACGACUCGCUCCGAAUGGACCCGUUGGCGCUGGAGGGGUUGGGCAUGCUGACGGACGGAGACCUCCUGCUGGCCGACCCGGCGGUGGAGGACUCCUUCCGCUCCGACCGCCUGAAGUGACGGCACUUGGGGCGGUGGGGGGCCACCGCCUAGAGGUGCAGAAGGAGCAGCCCACGGGAACAGGAGAGUGGACUACCAAGACGGAGGAGAAGUGGGUCGAGAACGCUCAGUACCCCGCUCUAGGACUGAGCGGGUCAGAGGUGAAGGCUCCUGUUCCUAUGAUGGGGAUCCUCCUCUCUCUCCUUGAGUGGACGGGGGAGGGGGAGGGGGGGACUUCUAAAGGUUCAAGAAUGGGACCAAUGCUUUUUAAUGUCAAAAUAAGAAUGAUCCAGCUGUUUAUUUUUCCUGUUUUUGUUUUGCUAUAUGCAGGCACUUAGCGGUCUCGCUCAUGGGAUAGCAAUGCAAAUCUAGGCAUUAGCUUGUAUGGGUCUUACCUGCAUGUUAACAAAUGCACUUAACGCAACAAAAAGGCAUCAGUGCAUGUGAUAUAUCACUUUUAUGACAAAAAGAAGUCAGCUAAACUUGAAGACUUGUUGGAGUCAGAAUAUCCAGUGUAACCUGGAUAGGGACAUGCUUGAAAUGUCACCAAGUUUUCUUUUCAGAGGCCUCAAAACAUGACCAAGAAUCACCGAACCACUGAACAUUUUCUUUCUGAUCAAAAGCAAGGGGUCACUUGGUAGUUAAGGAGAAGGUCUCACUGUAACUUGUGCAUCUUUGAAGGAUAGAUCCUGUGAAGGAUAGAUCCUCCAGCUCUUGAUGCUCUAUGGAGGGUCAGAUGUAUAAAGGGAUCCUUAGAGCCCCAUUGCCACGACACUGUUUCUGCCAUUAUAUGCAUCCGGUUUAAGAGCAGUAUGCAGCCAAGCAUAGACGCUGGCAUGUCGCAGAUUCAGACUGCUGAUAGCCCUGUCUGAAAAUAAUCACUGUGUGCAAGACCAUGCUGUCACUAGUGAUCUAUACGAAUAGUAUGUGUUUUUAAUUGUAUGCAUUUUAACCUAUGAUGAUGCAUUUGUUUUAAAUAGCAACCCAAUUUUAACUUAAAAAAUGCUGUUAAUAUGUCACAUCAGUAACUAGUGUAUGUCUAAUUUGAAGUAAUGAAGAGACCUUUUAAAAAGCACAUAUUAUUUUGACGGCAGUUUGUUGAGGACUCUGAGCAUGUCAUCACUAAUGGAUUUACUCAGUCCUCUUCACUGUCUGCUGUUCUAUGAGCUAUCAUGAGCAUUUUAUUAACAUCACAUUCUACAUGACCUACCUAAGGAUCUCUUCAAGCAAGUUUCAAGCGUGCAAACCCCUAAAAAAAAAAAACGUGCACCUGUCUGUGUACCAGUCUUAAAGAAAACAAACAUCCUUAUGAAGCCACAUCACAGAUCACUGUUGCAAUUAUAUUUAUGUACUAAAUUAUUGUGAUGCAAAUGACCAAACAUUUAUUGACAUGUAUUGUAGUUGUUACUUUCCCAGUGUUUUUGUUUUUCUUUAUAAUUGUAUUAUUUUUUUUUUUUUUUUUUUUUAAAUCUUGCAUUGUUCAACUCGUUUGAACAUGUAUUACUGCUUGGAGCCAGAAAAUUCUGUCAGGUAACUUUGUCACUGUGAUUGACACACCUGCCCAGUGCCCCUGCUUGCUUUUGCACAUGGGUAUUCCUGAAAGAGGCCAUAGUCAUAGAAUGACCUAUUUUUGUGUAACAAAAUUAGUAUGUUAGUACAUACUUUGACAAAAAAAUGUAUUUUUGGACAAAAAAAGUCAGUCUUGAUGUACAUGUAUGUAAAUGUUAUACAUAAAUCUAUAUGAAUAUAAAUGUAUAAUUUAUGGAAGAGAAGCCUAUAUAGUUGUAUCGGAAGGCACCAAAGCAACAUGCUCUUUGAAAGAUCAUCGGUUUGAGUGAUGGGAAGACUCUGCUUUGUCAGUUUUUGCCAUUGGUAUAAAUGUGGGUGUGUGUGUGUGUGUGUGUGUGUGUGUGUGUGUGUGUGUGUGUGUGUGUGUUGUCUAAUGUUUUUAUUUCACAAUGCCAUCUUUGAAAUUGAUUUUCAUGUUGUAAUCUUUUUAGUGCUUGUGCAUUUUUUUCUGGCUUGUUUAAUUCCUUCACAUCCUUCAGUGGUUUUUCUGUGCUUGAGUUUAUCAAGUUUCUUAGUCUAAAAUACAUUUAAGUGAAGCAAAAGGCUUGUGUCUUACAGAACUAUCAGGAAAUGUGCGCCCCAGGGAAUCAUUCAGUUCCUAACAUUAUGACAUGGACUGUGAAAAUGCCUCAUCUCAACUGCCUGUGGUUUAUAAGGCAAUGAAACAGACUAUUUUUUUUUUUUUUUUUCCUCCACACCAUCCAUUGCAAUAUCUCUUUUCAACAAACAAGUUAUGUAAUGGGUUCUCCACAAAGAAUGUGUCGAGUUCAGGUCUUUGUGUAUGGUGGAAGUUGACCGUAGAUCGUUAGAUGGAUAUUCGUUAGAAUUUGAUAAAGAGAAUUGUUCUGAAACGAUGCAUUCUUGGUCCUUUACUAAGGUGGUGCAGAGGAGAUGGAAUGAAUCAUGCAAACUACAGAACCUGGAAGUGCAAGUUAAUUAAAUUAACCCUUCAGAUGUUUCCGGUUGAAAUGAAGGUUAUUGUAAUGACUAAAUAGAGUUAUUGUAAUGACUAAAUGGAGCGGCAGUUAUAGCUACCAAGGGUCACAUUUUGCCUGAAGGCGACUCAGCCAAUUGACUGUGUUGUAUGAAGUGGUUCAUAGGUUCAUAACAGCUCAUUUGUUUCCAGUUCCAUGUUGAUAAAUCUUUAUCUCUGUCACCAUGCCAGGUUGUUUGCAAGUGUAGAAGAGUAAAAAUGUUGGUUAAUGGAUCCAAGAAGUAUUUGUCUAGCUGAAGUCCAGUGCAGGCCACUGGCGUUAAUAUCCUCAUGUUAAGUGUAAUUCUGCAGCGGAGACAGUGAUCUAGGGGUAUAUGUCAUACAGACCCUUUGUGGUUAUUUCAGUAAUAGCAUAAAUGUGGUGCCGCACUGUGCUUUAGGGUGUGAGAGGUGAAGUAAGGGGAAUGUGUGUCUUGUGUGUUCUGUUCUGGUUCUUGGUUGGUUGAUAGGAAUGCAAGUCUCAAGGAAUAUGAAUAGUCAAUACUGUCCAUUGAGAUUGGUUAUAGACAGAACACUCAGAAGGGGGCAUUAUAAGUGUGAAGACUGCUUAAAGAUUUGUGCUGUGCUGUUAUGUCAUUCGAUUUUGUAAAAGAGGUCAGGUUGUGUUAAUAUGUGUGCCACCAUAAUGAACUAACUGUUUGGCCCACGACAGUUGUAUACAGGUCCGUAGAGGUAUUGUUUUACGAUUAUCCUUUUGAUUAUUCUGAACCUCAUUAUGAUAACUGCGGUUUUAAUAUUUGCCAGUAGGGGUAGCUGUUGAACAGCGAAAAUGUGACGAAGCUGUAGGGAUGUGCAAAUUGGCCAUAAUUUACUGAUUUAUUUUUUAUCAUGUUUGCCGUUGUAUCAAAUUAAUUAUACUUGUUGCAGUAAUGUUAGUUUGCUUUUUGUUUCAGUGUAAACCAGUACAUUUUUCUUUUUUGUCUUUUUUUGAAGUCAUAUAUUGACAGCAGUUGCUGUUCGUUUUCAACAAUUUUAACAACCAGGGAAACCAUGUCUGUUGUACAUAAUAUUCUUAAACCAUAGGUGCUUCUUAAACCUAACAAAACGUUUUUUAAGACUGUAUCUCCACGAUAUUUUACAAAAAAAUAAACAAGCAAAAUAAA